AUGGAGCGUCUCCAGGUGUGGGGACUCUUCGGUCUGAUCGUUCUCACCGCCGCCCAGAACACCACACACAGUCCCGACCCUCAGCCCUCCUACCUGCUGCUGGCUCCCAUAAAUCUUCGACCUGGAGUCCCAACAUCACUAUCAGUCACCAUCCUGACCGCCUCUCUGGUCACUGUGUCUGCUCACAUUGUUCAUGACAAGCAGAUUGUGUCCUCGGCCUCAGCUGCAGUGGAAGGAGGUUCAACUAAGAUGCUGACUUUGCCACCUAUUCACGAAGGCAAGUCAAGCUACAGGAAACCCUACAACCUGGAGGUCAAAGGUCACGUGGGUAGCAUUGAGGUUUUCUCCAACUCCACGCAGCUGUACUUCAACCCCAAAGGCCUCUCUACCUUCAUCCAGACAGACAAGCUGAACUAUCUACCUGGACAGCUGGUGAAAAUCAGAGCGGUGUCCAUUCACCCCGAUGGGAAACCCUACCUCAGCCCGGUGGACAUUGUCAUCACCGAUCCGAGGGGAAACCUGGUCAGACAGUGGUUGUCUCUGGAUGGCGUCCUUGGAGUCGUGUCCAAAGAGUUUCAGCUGUCUGAGAACCCUCCUCUGGGUGAAUGGACCAUUCUUACUACAGUCAAUGGCUCCUCUAGUAGGACACAUUUCAAUGUGGCACAUUAUGUUCUGCCGAAGUUUGAGGUUGUGAUUGAAGCUCCGGAUGUCAUUUACCGUGAAGACACUUUGUGGGGCUCCGUAAAAGCAAAGUACAUGUAUGGGAAACCUGUUCAGGGAUUCGUCAAUAUAACGGUUCUGCAUCGUUUUCAUGGUAUUGAAGACGUUUACGAUGAAAACAAAGAGAUUGACGGCACAGCAGACUUCAUGUUUGACAUUCCCAGCUAUCAUCCAAUGAACAAAAGAGCUCUAGACAUGCUCUUCUAUGAUGAACUCAUGGAUGGUGAAUUUCUAACGAUCGUGGCUCAUGUGACUGAACAUCUAACAGGUCUCACGUAUAACAGUACAACAACGGUUUCUUUAGCAAAACAUAGAUAUAAACUUUCCUUUGAUGGCUAUCCCAAAGAACUAAGGCCCUCUUUGAACUUCAAUGCCAAGCUGAAAAUAUGCACAUACAACAAUCAGCCGUUGUCUCUGGAGGAUCUACAACAGACUGUUAAAGUGUCAGUGGUGCAGCAAAAGAAAAGUCCUUGGAAUUGGAAAAUGGACCAGAUGGAAGAAAUGGGCCCACGUAGACAAAACUCAUCAGAUUCUUCGGAUAUUAUGCAUCCCACUCCAGAAGGGAUACCAGCACAAGACAUGGAGUUUCCUCUCACCCCAGAUGGGGUAAUACCGCUCUCAAUCCAGAUCAUGGAUGACACUGCCACACUCACUAUUGAUGCUUCAUUUGAGGAUAGCCAAAACACUCUACAGCUCUAUAGAAGCUACACAUCACCCAGUCACUCCUAUCUACAGAUUCAGAAACCCUCCGAACCCCCAGAGGUUGGUUCAUCCCUUGUGCUGCACAUUGAGAGGAAUUUCCCAAUGGCUGAGAUUCACUACAUAGUAAAGUCCAGAGGUCAGAUCGUUUCUGCUGGGAAAAGCUCUGGUGAUCUAACGCUGGUCCCAGAAACCACCUGGGCUCCUCUUGCCUGUAUCAUCGUCUACUGUGUGCUUCCAAAUGGAGAGAUUGUCAAUGACGUAAUCAGGCUGCCCAUAACCCAAGCUUUACAAAACCAGGUCUCUUUGAGUUGGAGUGAGCCCACAAGGAGGCCGGCUGAUGAGGUCACUCUGAGGGUCAAGGUGGCAGAGCCUGGCUCUCUGGUCGGGAUCCUGGUGGUUGACAAGGCAACAAAGUGGAUGGCAUCACACAAUGACAUCACCCCAGAGAUGGUACUGGAACAGAUGGAGAAGUACAGUGUUUCCAAGGAAGACAUGUACUCUGACACAUUGACAAAGGGAGAUCCAUACUCCAUCUUCAGGAUGAGUAAUCUUGUGGUGUUCACUGAUGCCAGUUUGCACAUGCUGGAUCCCCUGAUGAAGCCUGAAUUUCCAGGGGGAGAUUUUGUUUUCUACCAGACGAAGGAGGAGCAAGAACAGGAGCCACGAGAGCGCCGGAACUUUCCAGAGACGUGGAUUUGGAUGGAUACCGACACAGGUAAUUCAGACACAAAAGAGAUAAAACUGACUGUACCAGACAGCAUCACAACCUGGACAGCCACUGCCUUUGUCAUGUCUGAGAACCUGGGUCUGGGCAUCGUAGAGCAACCUGUAGAGCUCACAGUCUUCCAGGAUUUUUUCUUGUCUUUGAAUUUGCCGGCCUACAUCAUCCGAGGAGAAGAGCUUUUGCUGGAGGUUAUUCUGUUCAACUACCUCCCACAGGACAUGGACGUCACGCUGAUUGUUCGAGAGAGUGAGACCUUUGAGUUUGUCUCCGUGGACAAUGAUGAGCUGUCUGUGCUCAAUGUUCGUCGGGUGUCUGUGAGGAGCCAGGGUGGAGCAUCCGUCCUCGUUCCCAUAAAGCCGCUGGUCCUCGGAGAGAUCCCCAUCAGUGUGAAAGCCAUGUCGAUGCUGGCGUCUGACUUUGUUAGCACGACUGUGCUCGUCAAGGCUGAAGGCCUCGAGCAGACGUUCUCCACCUCGCUGCUGUUUGAGGUUUCACCUUUAGACUGGAGCAUUUCCAGAAACGUCACUUUCACCUUCCCGGCAGAUGUCGUGGAGGGCAGCGAGAGGGCUUCAGUGACGGCUGUCGGGGACAUCCUCGGCCCGUCCAUCAGCGGCCUGGACUCUCUCAUCCAGAUGCCUUAUGGCUGCGGUGAACAGAACAUGAUCAACUUUGCACCAAACAUCUACGUGCUCCAGUAUUUGAACGCUACCGGACAGGCUGACCAGCACACAUCAGACACAGCCACAGACUAUAUGAUGAAAGGUUAUGAGCGAGAGCUUUCCUACCAGCGAGUCGACGGCUCCUUCAGUGCGUUCGGAGACCAGGAUUCAUCUGGAAGCACCUGGCUCUCUGCCUUUGUGCUGAGGUGUUUCCUUCAGGCUCGUCCUUUCAUCAGCAUCGACGCCUCUGUGCUCCUCAGAGCGGCGGCCUGGUUAGGAGUCCAGCAGGGGGCUGAUGGGAGGUUCGACGAGCCCGGCCGCGUCAUCCACACAGAGCUACAAGGAGGCCUGGACGGCCCCGUUUCUCUCACAGCUUACGUCGUCAUCGCUCUGCUGGAAGACAAUGACAUCAAGGCUCACUAUGAGAGCCAGGUGUCUGCGGCCCUGAUGUUCCUGGAGACCCGCUUGGCUCUGGGCGUCUCCAGUAACUACAGCCUCGGCCUGCUCACCUUCGCUCUGGCUCUGUCCGGCAGCUCCAGCGCCGACGCGGCACUCAACGAGCUGAUUGGACGAGCUGAGAUGAGAGACGGCGUGCCGAUGUGGUGGUCCCCGGACGGCGGGCUCUCUGAAUCGUGGCAGCCUCGCUCUGCAGACAUCGAGAUGGCGUCCUAUGUGCUGCUCUCUCUGCACCAGCUGGGCCGCGUCGCUGAGGGCCUCGGACUCAUGAAGUGGCUCAGCCAACAGCGAAACCACAAGGGAGGAUUCGGAAGCACUCAGGACACAGUCGUGGCUCUGCAGGCUUUGUCGACGUUCGCAGCUCUGGGCGGGUCUCAUGACGUUGACCUCACCAUCGCGGUGACCUCUGACCCCUCGUCCACCAACGUCGCUUUCUUUAUCAUCCAACAGGACAACUACCUGCUUCACCAGAGCCAGCAGAUCGAGCCAAAAGAUGAUCUGAAGCUUCACGUGACUGCAGAAGGUCACGGACUCGCUGUCUUUCAGCUGAACGUGUUUUACAACAUCAGGAAUGAAGAGAUGAUGAGGAGGAGACGAGAUGCCGGCGGACACGAGGCGUUUCAUCUGUUCGUCGAGCUGUUUGACGAAGAAAUAAACUCUGCACAUCUGUUCAUCUGCAGCAGUCUGUCAGAGCAGGUGGGUCUGAAUGCGACGGGCAUGGCCAUCAUGGAGGUGGGUCUGCUGAGCGGCUUCAGCCUGUCGCCGGACGCCAUCCACAUCGACGGGGAGGUGAAGAAAGUGGAGACCCAGCCAGGGAAAGCCAUCCUCUACCUGGACUCUGUGACGACGGAGGAGAUGUGCCUCAUGAUUCCUCUGGUGAUGGAGUAUAAAGUGGCCAAAGUCCAGGAAGCAACUGUUCUCCUUUAUGAUUAUUAUGAACCAAGGCGAAGGACGGCGAGGACGUAUAAUUCAGAGUGGAGGACGGACUUGUCCACCUGCUCCUUCUGUGGCGAUGACUGCAGUCAGUGCAGAGUUCAGGACCUUUAUGAGUUCGACCUAGCAUCACACGGCAGACGACACUUCCUUCCUUCCUUACUCCUUUACUUC